AUGGCCAUGUCCUGGGAAUCAUUGACCUUCAAAGACAUGUUUGUGGACUUUGUCCUGGAGCAAUGGCAGCAAAUGGACUCUCCUCAUAAGAAUCUUUACAGGAAUGUCAUGCUUGGCAACUACAGCCACCUGGUGUCCAUGGGGUAUCUGGUUGCCAAACCAGAUGUUAUCUUCAGAUUGGGACUAGGCGAAAAGUCCUGGAUGGUAGAUGGAGGAAACCCAAUGAAGAUCUGUCCUGAAAUCUAGCAAGUUGAUGAGCAGAUAGAUUACUAAAAAGAAAGCCCACAUAAACCUCUGUGGUAAGCUGCACUCGUAGGCAAGAAAACACUGAAGGAUGAAAAUGGUCAAGAAUGCAGAAGAUGUAGAAAAAUCAUUUAUCUGAGAACAGACUUUUUGAUAAGACAAAGACUCUCUAAAUAUUAUUCAUAGAAGAUGUUCAAAACAUAAUUUAAACAUUCAUAGUCAAAAUAGAGGCUGUGUAAGAAAGAAAGAUGA